UUGCGAGCAAAUGAGAAAAAAGACUCUGAUGCUUAUCAUACUGUAAAUCUUGCUGCAAGUAAUAAAUAAGAAAGUGCUCGUUCACCGUAAAUACUUAAGUUUAAUAUUAAAAGUUAAAAAUGUCAUCUAGUUUGAUAUUUUAUCACGCUCUUGGAUCACCACCAUCUCGUUCAUGUUUGAUGCUGCUAAGAAAGUUGAAUUUAGAUGUUGAAGUGAAAUUAGUUGACUUGUCAGCUGGUGAACAAAAUGAUCCGAAAUUUCUCAAGUUAAAUCCGUUACAUCAAGUACCAGUGUUGGUUGAUGGUGACUUCGUGUUAACAGAAUCGCGAGCUAUUUUAGCUUAUUUACUGAACAAGUUUCAACCUGAAAGCGAUUUGUUUCCACAAGAUCCAAAGGCAAGAGCUGUCGUUGAUCAAAAGCUAUAUUACGACGCCACUGUUGUGUUCGAGAGUUUUGCUCAAAUAGUCCGUUCUGUUCUGUACAAAGGGAAUAAGAAAAUCUUAAAAGAAGACCGAGAGAAGCUCGUUAAUACUCUUAACUAUCUCGAUAAUCUUCUCAGCAAAACUCAAUGGUUCGCCGGUAAUAACAUCACAAUCGCCGAUUAUUCUAUUUUGGGAACAAUUACCACACUCAAGGAGUUUGGAUACGAUUUGGCAAAGCAUUCAAACCUCAAUGAUUGGUAUGGAAGAUGUCAAUCCUUUCCUGGCUUUCAAGAGAAUGUUGACGGAUCGCCGCCAUCACGAGCUGUGCUCCAAACAAUUCGUGUUCUUGGCUUGGAAGUUGAAGUGAAAAAAUUAGAUUUGAUGAAAGGAGAAAAUUUGACUUCAGAAUUCCUAGGAAUAAAUCCUUUGCAUCAAGUUCCUGUUCUCAUUGAUGGAAAAUUCGUGGUUGCAGAAUCAAGAGCUAUUAUGACGUAUUUAAUCAACUCUCGAAGACCUGAUUGUGAUUGGUAUCCAAUGGACCCUAAAGUUCGUGCAAGAAUCGACCAAUUACUUUAUUUUGAAGCUAUAAAUUUCUUCGAACUUGUGGUUUCAAUCUUGUUAUAUCAUACUCCCGGAUCCCCACCAUCUCGUACUGCAUUAAUGGCUAUUCGCAAUGUCGGUGCCGAUGUUGAGAUUGUAACUUUGAAUUUGCUGGCCGGAGAACAUCAAACACCAGAAUUCGCUAAGUUGAAUCCGUUAAAACGCGUACCGGUGUUGGUUGAUGGCGAUUACGUUUUGAAUGAAUCAAGAGCCAUUUUGGGGUAUUUGGCCAACUCAAGGAAACCUGGCAGUUCAUUAUAUCCCAGUGAUCCUAAGGCUCGAGGACUUGUUGAUCAAUUCUUGUAUUAUGACGCUGGAAGUUUCUUUGGUGCUAUCGGACCGGUUUUGGGACCAAUUUUAUUCAGAGGUGUUAAGGAAGUUUCAACUGAAAAUUUAGAUCGCUUGAAAGGAGCUUUGGCUCACUUAAACAGCUCGUUGGAAGGAAAGAAAUAUUUUGCUGGAAAUCAACCCACAAUUGCUGAUAUUUCAAUCAUCUCGAACAUGAAUCAAGUCAUCAAUAUGUUUGGACACUUCGGAAACUAUCCCAACAUCAAGGAAUGGUACAAACGAUGUUCAAGUUUACCAGGAUUUGAUGAGAACGCAAAAGGUGCAAAAGUCAUUGGCGAACUUCUUGCAUCGAAGGCUCCCGCUCGUUCUGCAUUGAUGGCUAUUCGCAAUGUUGAUGCAGAUGUUGAGAUUAUAAACUUUAAUUUGUUAACUGGAGAACAUAAAAACCCAGAAUUCGAGAAAUUAAAUCCACUGAAACUCGUACCGGUGUUGGUUGAUGGCGAUUAUGUUCUAAAUGAAUCAAGAGCCAUUUUGGGGUAUUUGGCCAACUCAAGGAAACCUGGCAGUUCAUUAUAUCCCAGUGAUCCUAAGGCUCGUGGACUUGUUGAUCAAUUCUUGUAUUAUGACCUUGCAAGCUUUUUCGGUGCUCUCGUACCAAUAUUGAUUCCAAUUCUAUACAAGGGUGUCACGGAAAUUUUGCCUGAAGACAAAGAAAGAUUGAAAGGAGUUUUGAGUUACUUGAACAGCUCAUUAGAAGGAAAGAAAUAUUUUGCUGGAGAUCAUCCUACAAUUGCUGAUAUUUCAAUCAUCUCAGAUAUGAAUCAAGUCAUCAAUAUGUUUGGACAUUUUGGAAAUUAUCCCAACUUGAAGCAAUGGUACAUAAAAAAACGUCUCGAAUCAAUAAUGACUUUGACGCUUUACUACUCGCCCGUUUCACCACCAUCACGUUGCGUUUUAUUGACUCUGAUCAAUUUAGGAAUCGAAUUUGAUAUUAAAAUCGUGAAUUUGGCAGCUGGGGAUCAUAAAACCUCAUCGUUUGGUAAAUUGAAUCCACAGCGGACAGUUCCCGUAGUGAUUGACGAUGGGUUUGUGAUGAGUGAGUCACGUGCAAUUAUCACUUAUUUAGUGGACACUAAAAGCCCUGACAGUUCUUUGUAUCCCACUGAUCCGAAAAUUCGUUAUGCUGUAAAUCAUAAAUUAUUUUAUGAUGCAACUGUUUUCUCUACACGCUUAGCAGAAGCGAUGUAUCCCAUUAUGCGAGGACAAGAAACUGUCAUCAGUCAGGAAGCUAAAGACAAUGUCUUAUCGACACUUGAUGUCUUAGACAAUUUUCUUGAUGGAAACGAAUGGAUAUCCGGAACUGAUGAAGCUUCCAUUGCAGACUUGUCAAUUUUAGCAGCAUUUUCAACAUUGUAUCAUGUGGGACAAGACAUUUCAAGUUAUCCCAAUCUUAGUACUUGGUAUGAACGAUGCUCAAACUUACCAGGCUUUGCUGAGAAUGAGAAAGGAGCUAAAAUGUUUGCACAAAUUCCACGAUGUUGCGUGCCUACUUUAGUGGAUCACGAAUUUAUUCUUUGGGAGUCUAAGGCAAUUCUUAUUUACCUUGCUGAAAAAUAUGCUAAAAACUCCCACGCAUUAUAUCCGAAAUGUGUUAAAACACGUGCCGUCAUUCAUCAGCGAUUAUUUCAUGAUUCAUCUGAUUUUUAUGUUCGUAUAUUAGAUAUUGCGAAUCUUGCGUUUUCAUCAAGUUCCACUACCACCGUUGCUACUGUUACCGCGCAACAUUGGGAGAAUUUGAAGAAAUCUUUACUUAUUCUUGAGAAUUUCUUGGAAGGUUAUGAAUACUUUGCGGGGAAUUGCAUGACAAUUGCAGAUUUCGCAUAUCUGGCUUCAAUAUCAACUUUAGUUCAUUUUGGCUUUAACCUUUCACCAUACACCAAUGUUAACAACUGGUACAGACGAAUGAGAGAUGUUUCAGGCUUUCAAGAAUGUGAACAGGGAGCCCGAGAGUUUGGAGCUAUUGUCAAAGGCAAACUUACAAAUUUAUUCGAAAGUAUUUAA